CCAGGUCCUCCUCUCUGGGUCUUUCCUGCUGCACACUGUCCUGGUCCCAGAGGAAAGCAGAUGAUGUCCAAAGACAUGGAGACUGCAGAUGUCGGUGAGGUAACCCUUGAGGCCCCACCAUCCACCCACAUUGAUGUGCACAUCCAUCAAGAGUCUGCUCUAGCCAAACUCCUGCUGGCCGGAUGCUCAAUGCUACGGCUCCCAGAAUCUGCCAGGAGUCUGGGCAGCAACAGGCUGCUGGUGGCCUCCUGGGUGGUGCAGAUUGUGCUGGGGGUUCUGAGUGUGGUUCUGGGUGGAACCCUCUACAUCUGCCAGUAUUUAGCCAUGAAUACCUCAGGUGCCCCCUUCUGGACUGGGAUCGUGGCUAUGCUGGCUGGAUCUGUUGCCUUCGUUCACAAGAAACGGGGUGGUACCUGCUGGGCCCUGUUGAGGACACUUCUUGUGCUAGUGAACUUCUGCACGGCUGUGGCUGCCAUUGUUAUUGGAGUUCGUGAGUUCAAUAUUUACCAAUACUAUCUCAGAAAUGACGUCUGUGUAAGCUACUCUUCAAAUCACUGGCCCACCAAGCCCCCCAACACCCCAGGCCCCGAAGAAGCUGAUAGGAUAGGCUUGUGCAUAUUCUACACCAGCAUGCUAAAGACCCUGCUCCUAAGUCUCCAGGCAAUGCUCUUGGGUGUCUGGAUGCUGCUGCUCCUGGCUUCUGUCACCCCUGUGUGUAUUUACUUCUGGAAAAGAUUCUUCACAAAGGCAAAAACAGAUGAGAAGAAACUGCUGGGUGCAAAUGUGAUCUAGCUCUGCCUCUCCCUUGCUCUGGGUGUCCCUCCUUCCCAAGCCUGAAAGAAGAGUUGGACAGGAGAAAAGAGACCCUACCCCACUGCUGGGCAUGACCACUGCCUGGCUCCACCCAGUGUCAUGGCUGCUCACAGCAGCACUUGCUCAUUCCUCCUUCUCAGACAGCGGCUUGAUAAUAAAGUUAUGUCAUUGCUAGCA